UUGUGUAAAUCUCACAGACGCAAAACAUGUCCAACAUUACAGUGGAGAAUGGAACAGAGCCAGACUUGAGUAACACGGCGUACGCUGUGGUGUUUGGAUCUGUAACGGCUCUGGGUUUUCCUCUCAAUGCCGUGUCUUUGUGGAUUCUGUUAUGCUGCCACAGCCACAAAUCCCCUAGCACCAUCUUCAUGAUCCACCUGGCCAUCUCCGACCUGCUGCUCGCCUUCUCCUUACCCCUGAGGGUCUACUUUUACGCCACGGGGUCCUGGCCUUUUGGUUUCAUGACGUGCAUUUGGAUCACGAUGCUCUUUCGCAACAACAUCCGCUCCAGCUCCAUCUUCAUCACUUUCAUCAGCGUGGACCGGCUGCUGGCUGUGGUUUAUCCUCUGCGGUCGCGCCACCUUCGAACCUCUUCAAAUGCCUGGAAAGCUGUUGUGCUCGUUUGGGUGUUGGUGUUUGGGUUGAACAUCCCGGAGAGCGUGGAGUUUUCGAGGUUUUACUCCAAUAAAUCCAGAUGUUUCGAAUUCGAGGAUCGCCGGAGAUCAGGAAUGUCUUACAUUCAGCCUGUGUUGGUUCUCGCCAUGCUGGCAUUGAACGUGGUGUCCACGGUUCUCGUCUCUCGGACUCUCCGCAGACACCUGAAUGACUCUGCAAGGGUCUUCAACAAGGUGAACGUCAUGCUGAUUUUCGCCAUGAAUUUGCUAAUGUUCAGCGUGUUUUUCUUGCCUGUAUCAUUGUUUAUUUUAUUUAAAAAACCGGGACCUGCUCUGACUCCAUUGGUAUGCCUGGCCAGUGUGAACUGCUGCCUGGAUCCUUUGUUGUAUUACUUUUCCUUUGAUGGUUUCUGGAAGAGAAAGGAGGAUGCUGAUUCCUCUGGUGGGAGAGAGUAGUGCGUGAUAACAAUCGAUGAGGACAGAAUGCAUUCGAGUGUGUGUGGAUGUGACAUAAAGGCCAAACAACUGAAUUAUUGUAUAUUUUACGAAUAAAAUGUUCACUUUAUAAUCAAAA